AUGACUAUCCAAUUUGACAACCAAGAAAAUCAGUACAAGAAAGACGUUCAAGAACAACUAAGGAAGAAUAUAGAGCAUUUAGACUCACUAACUCAUCCAGGUUGUAUGAUCACUUUCCCUGUUGAUCAACCCUUACCUGAAUCUGACCCUGAUUUAAAGAUUUUCUUCUUUGAUAUUGAUAAUUGUCUUUAUAGUUUGUCUACGAAAAUACAUGAUUUGAUGCAGAUAUCCAUUUUGAACUACUUCAGAAAUACAUUGAAUAUUUCCCAUGAGGAAGCACAUAUCCUUCAUAGAACAUAUUAUAAAGAAUAUGGUUUAGCCAUUAGAGGUCUUAAAUUGCACCACGAUGUUGAUGUAAUGGAAUACAAUCAGUUGGUGGAUGAUUCUUUACCACUACAAGAUAUUUUGAAACCAAAUUUAAAAUUGAGAGAAAUGUUGAUUAACUUAAGGAAGUCCAAGAGUGUCGAUAAACUAUGGCUAUUCACUAAUGCAUACAAAAAUCAUGCAUUGAGAUGUAUACGACUAUUGGGCCUGGGCGAUUUAUUUGAUGGGAUUACAUACUGUGACUAUUCGCAUCCCGAAGAAUUGAUUUGUAAACCGAAUCCAAAGGCAUUUGAAAGAGCUAAACUACAAAGUGGUCUUGGAGAUUGGGCUAAUGCCUGGUUUGUUGACGAUGGUGGCAGUAACAUUCAACAGGGUAUUUCCAUCGGUAUGAAAAAAUGUAUUCAUUUAGUGGAGACGGAAAAUGAUAAUUUUAUAUUGGGUCAAACGCCAGAAGGAUCUAUAGUAAUUAAUAAUAUUGUAGAUUUGCCAACUGCCGUGCCUGAACUCUUUCAAUAA